AUGAAGAGAAAGGCAACAACUUGUUCUUCUUCUCUGAUACUCCUCAUCAAUAUGAAAGCAGCGAAGAGAAUUAAAACAACAACAAGAAGAGAUUCUGUGAGUGUUUACUUACCUGAUGAGUGUUGGGGACUUGUAUUCAAAAACUUACCCAUGGAUGAUCGCGACUACAACUCUAUCUCCCUCGUCUCCAAACAAUUUCUCUCCAUUACCAACAGACUUCGAUCCUCUCUCACUAUCAAAUCCAAUCUAACAACGAAACAAGCUCUCAAUCUCAUUCGAAGAUUCCCCAAACUCACCUCCCUUGACUUCUCCGGCCGUCGCGACCUCGAUUACAUUCUCCCCCGACUCUCUACUUUCCCAUUUAGACUCACAUCACUCAAACUCGACAAAAUAUCCACCAUUCCUGCUUCUGGCUUACUAGCUUUCUCUAUAACUUCAACUUUAAACUCCUUCACAUGUUCCCACACUAAUUUUCUCCAUUCCUCUCACAUGUUCCUCGUUGGCAAUUGUUUCCCUGAGUUGCAGCGCAUUGAUUUGAGUCAUUGCAAAGACAUAUAUCCAGACAGUCUCCAUCUUCUUUUGAAGGGAUGUCGUGAAAAUAUUACACAUUUGAACUUAACUGACUGUUCUAUUUUCACUGAAGAUAUAAUCAUGAACUUUCAAGUUCCUAAAUUGAAGGUUUUGAAUUUGUCAAGUUCAUCCGUUGACGAUAAAACACUCUAUGUUAUUACAAAGAGUUGUACUGGGAUUUGGAAACUCUAUCUCAACAUUGUCAUGCUGUCGGAUACAAGGGUGAUCACUGUCGUUUCGUGA